AUGUCCGCCGAACGCCGAAAGGUGAGCGCGGACGCGGGCGUGAACUUUGCCCUCGCGCGCCUGCGCGACGGCGAGGACGGACGCCCCGGAUCGACCUCGGAGGUGCUCCGAGCGGUGAACGAUUUGGAGCGAGAGGUCAAGGCGCGAGGGGUGAAACGAAAAACGUUGAACGAUCUCUCGAUCGCGGAGGCGUACAGGGAGGUGGUCGAUCGCGAGGGCGGAGAGAUCGCGGCGGCGAUCGAGCAGGUGAUGCUCGCGGUGGCGCGAAGCGUGAUGCGGGGCGACGGGUUCGAGUACACGCUCCCGAGCAGAGGGGCGACGGACCAGGUGUACGUGGAGGCGCUGGAUCGAAUCGUGUUGAAGAAUAAGACGACGCGAGCGGCGUUCGGGACGGUGAGUAGCGUGCGAAAGGUGACGAUCUUGACGCGGGUGAUGCAGCUCGUGCACGGAGUGCUGAGUCGAGGGAUACACGUGACGAAGCGGGACCUGUUUUACACCGACGUGAAAUUGUUUAGGGAUCAGAAGGACUCGGACGCGGUGUUGGACGACAUCUCGUGCAUGCUCGGAUGCACGAGAAACUCCCUGCACGUCGUCGCGUCGGAGAAGGGCGUGGUCGUUGGGAGGUUACAAUACAAGGAGGACGGCGACGAAAUCGACUGCACGAAGAUGGGCGUGGGAGGAAAGGCCAUUCCGAGCAACAUCGAUAAGAUCACCGACAUGCGCACCGACGCCAAGUUCGUUCUGCUCGUAGAGAAGGACGCCGCGUUCAUGCGUCUCGCGGAGGAUCGAUUCUACAACAAGUACCCAUGCAUCAUCAUAACCGCCAAGGGGCAGCCGGAUGUCGCGACUCGCCUCUUCUUGAGCAAGGUCAAGAGAGAUUUGAAGAUUCCGGUGUUGGCCCUGGUCGACGCCGAUCCGUACGGGCUGAAAAUUAUCUCCGUAUACAUGCAGGGCUCUAAGAACAUGGCUUUCGACAGCGCGAAUCUCACGACGCCGGAUAUUAAGUGGCUCGGCGUGCGCCCGAGCGAUUUGGACAAGUUUAAAAUCCCCGAACAGUGUCGCCUGGACAUGUCGGCGAAGGAUAUUGAGACCGGUCAACACAUGUUGAACGAAGAUUUCGUGAAACAAAACCCCGAGUGGGUGAAGGAGAUCAACAUAAUGCUCGAGACGAAGACCAAGGCGGAAAUCCAGGCGCUCAGCGCGUACGGCUUUCAGUACCUCACCAAGGUCUACCUCCCACUCAAGCUCGCCGAGGGCGACUGGAUUUAA